AUGCGGGCGGCGGCGCUGGUGCUGCUGGCGGCGGCGCUGAGCGGCCCCGGGGCCGGGGCACGGAGCUGCCCCGCGCUCAGCCUGGGCUGCAAGUGCUCGGCCGAGCGGGCCAAGGCGGGCGGCGGCCCCGGCGCGCCCCGGAGGAGGGUGGUCUGCAGCGGCGGGGGGCUCCCCGCGCCGCCCGAGCCGCGACUGCUGCCCGACGGCACCGUCACGCUGCUGCUGAGCAACAACAAGAUCACGGUGCUGGAGAACGGCUCUUUCUUCGGGCUGUGGGCUCUGGAGAAGCUGGACCUGAAGAACAACCUGAUCAGCACAGUCCAACCGGGCGCCUUCCUGGGGCUCGCCGAGCUGAAGCGGCUGGAUCUCUCCAACAACCGCAUCGGCUGCUUGAGCGCCAGCGUCUUCCAGGGGCUCCCCAACCUCCUCCGGCUGAACAUGUCCGGGAACAUCUUCUCCAGCCUCCCGCCCGGCGUCUUCGACGAGCUCCCCUCCCUGAAAGUCGUGGACUUCGCCACCGAGUACCUGACGUGCGACUGCAACCUGCGCUGGGUGCUGCCCUGGGCCCGCGACCGCUCGGCGCAGAUCUCGGAGCGGACGGCGUGCGCGUUCCCCCGGCAGCUGCGCGGCGUGGCCCUGCGCGGGGCGCGGGACGGGCAGCUCCGCUGCGCGGGCGCCCCGGAGCUGCACACCCACCACCUCAUCCCGUCGCUGCGCCAGGUGGUGUUCCAGGGGGACCGGCUGCCCUUCCAGUGCACGGCCACGUACCUGGACAACAGCACCCAGAUCCGGUGGUUCCACAACCACGAGCCCGUGGAGGAGGACGAGAGGACGGGCAUCAUCGUGGAGGAGAGUCUCAUCCAUGACUGCACCUUCAUCACCAGCGAGCUCAUCCUCUCCAACAUCCACGUCUCCGCCAACGGCGAGUGGGAAUGCGCUGUCUCCACCUCCCAGGGCAACGUCAGCAAGAAGGUGGAGAUCGUGGUGCUGGAGACCUCCGCGUCCUACUGCCCUGCCGAGCGGGUCACCAACAACCGCGGGGACUUCAGGUGGCCCCGCACCCUGGCGGGUAUCACGGCCUACCAGCCCUGCCUGCAGCACCCGUUCGCCGCGGGGCCGGCGGGCGCGGGCGCGGCGGGCGAGAAGCAGGCGUGGCGGCGCUGCGACCGCGCCGGGCGCUGGGAGGACGGCGACUACUCCCACUGCCUCUACACCAACGACAUCACCCGCGUGCUCUACACCUUCGUGCUGAUGCCCAUCAACGCCUCCAACGCCCUGACCCUGGCGCACCAGCUCCGCGUCUACACGGCCGAGGCAGCCAACUUCUCGGACAUGGUCGAUGUCCUCUACGUGGCCCAGAUGAUAGAGAAGUUUAUCGGCUACGUGGACCAGAUCAAGCAGCUGACGGACGUGAUCGUGGAGAUGGCCAGCAACAUCAUGCUGGUGGAUGACCACAUCCUGUGGAUGUCGCAGAAGGAGGAGAAGGCCUGCACCAGCAUCGUCCGCUCCCUGGAGAGGAUCGCAGCCCACACGCUGGGCAGCAACUCCCAGCACAUGGCAGUGAACUCCCGCAACAUCGCCUUCGAGGCGUACGUGGUGAAGCCUGAGAGCUACGUGGGGCUGAGCUGUGUGGCGUUCCAGCGGCGGGACGGGGCUGCACCAGGACGUGCCCCCCCGGCUGAGCGGGGGGCCGAGCCCGUGCCCGACCAGCAGCUCAGGUUGCGCUGCACCACGGGGCGCCCCAAUGUCUCCCUGACCAGCUUCCACAUCAAGAACAGCAUCGCCCUGGCCUCCAUCCAGCUGCCCCCCAGCCUGUUUGCCAGCCCGGUCCCGGCCGCACCAGGGACUGACUGCAAGCUCCAGCUGCUGGUCUUCCGCAACGGGAAACUCUUCUGCAGCACCGGCAACUCCUCCCGGCUGGCUGACGAUGGCAAACGCCGCAGCGUGGCCACUCCGGUCAUCUACGCCGGGACCUACGGCUGCGGAGUGGGAAACCUGUCGGAGCCGGUGGCCGUGUCACUGCGGCACCCCGGGGAGGGCGCGGACCCCGUGGCCGCCUACUGGAACUUCGAGGUGCUGGGGGGCAUGGGGGGCUGGAGCGCCGAGGGGUGCCAGCUGGCUGCCCGUGAGCCCAACGUCACCUCCCUGCACUGCCGGCACCUCAGCAACGUGGCCGUGCUCAUGGAGCUGAGCGGGUUCCCCAGCGAGGCGCGAGGCGCCGUGGAGGUGCUGCACCCGGCCAUGUACACCUGCACAGCCGUGCUGCUGCUCUGCCUCUUCACCACCAUCAUCACCUACAUCGUCCACCACGGCACCAUCCUCAUCCCGCGGAAGGGCUGGCACAUGCUGCUCAACCUCUGCUUCCACAUCGCCAUGACGGCCGCCGUCUUCGCGGGAGGCAUCACCCUCACCGGGUACCGGAUCGUGUGCCAGGCAGUCGGCAUCAUCUUGCACUACUCCUCCCUCUCCACCCUGCUCUGGAUGGCGGUGAAAGCGCGAGUGCUCUACAGGGAGGUGACCUGGAAGGCACCGCGGCAGCCAGACGGGGACAUGUCCCAGCCAGCCCCCAGACCCAUGCUGAGGUUCUACCUGAUCGCCGGUGGGAUCCCCCUCAUCAUCUGCGGGAUCACGGCGGCCGUCAACAUCCACAACUACCAUGACAACAACCCAUACUGCUGGCUGGUGUGGCGGCCCAGCCUGGGAGCUUUCUACGUCCCCGUGGCUUUCAUCCUGCUCGUCACCUGGAUUUAUUUCCUCUGCACCGGGCUCAGCCUCCAGUGCCGACCCUUACGCAGGAAAGACGUCCCGGAGCCACUGGAGCCACCGCCACGGCUGGGGGGCACCGGUGACCUCCUGACAGACUCCGGGUCCAUCUCGGUGACACUGAACUCGGGGCCACCUUGUCCUGAGGGGGACGGCGUCUACUCCCUGCGGGUGCAGUUCUGGGCACUGGUGACCACCCACGCCUUGUACGUGGCGCUGUGGACGUUCGGCGCCAUGGCCGUGUCGCAGCGCUGGUACCUCAACAUCAUCUUCAGCUGCCUCUACGGCGUCACCGCCGUGGCGCUGGGGCUCUUCAUCUUCGUCCACCACUGCCUGCGGCGCCGGGACGUGCUCAGCUCCUGGUUCUCCUGCUGCCCGUCCUACCGGAACGCGCUGCCCAUGCAGGCCUACGUGCACCCCGGGCUGGGGCCAGAGGACGGCUCGCAGGUCUUCAUCGGCUGCCACGACCCAGAGGCAGCUCGUUCUGGCGCCUCCUCCUCCUCCUCACCCAGCAGCGCCGGCUCGGCCAGGGGCCGCUGCAAGAUCACCAACCUGCAGGUCGCCCAGAGCCAGGCGGACGCCCGCCCAGCCGCCUGCCCGGAGCCGGACACCACCGACGGGAAACCCACCAGGCACGCCAGCAACCUCCACGGCCGCAGGAGCCACCGGGGCAGAACUAAGCCGGGACGGGAUGGGAAGCACCACCGCUUGAAAAUGCUGCGGGGCCCCUCGGAGCAGCCGUCCAGCGAGAGCGGGAGCCUCCACAACAGCCACUCCGAGAGCUACCCCAGCGGCAGGACCAGCCCGGCCAGCGGCGGCCGCGUGGGGCCGCGGGGGCCCCAGGAUGGGGAGGCGGCCGCCAGUCCCUCGGAGGGCAGCGACGGCGGGCGGAGGGCGCCCGACUUCGCCGAGGGUCGCCGGAGGAGCGCCAGCCGGGACAGCCUGCGGCCGGGCGGCGCCGCCGACAGGGAGGCCAAGCGCCGCUCCUACCCCCUGAACGUGGGCAGCCACAACGGCGGCCUCAAGGGCAGCAAGUACGACAUCAACCUGGCCAGCGCCGACGGCGUGGCCGGCAUGAAGACCGGCCUCUGGAAGAGCGAGACCACGGUGUGAGGGCGGAGAAGGACCGACGGCUGCGGUGAUCUCCUCCGGAGCUGCUCUGCAGGAAUCACCACAUGCACUAAGCAGGGAAGGGCGGCACAGCCGGGGGGCUCCGCUGACCCUGGGCCCACCUGUUCUCCCUCCACCCCAAGGAGGCUCCGAGCUUCCCACGGUGGUGCUGGAGGGGGGAGAAACUCCAGGCAAUCCUUGCAGGAGUUGCGACCGUGCUCUGAUCACCCCGGUGCGUCGCUUGAGACUGAUCCUAAAUGCUAUUUUAUAUUAUACAGAGGAAAUGUCUAUUUUUCAAAGCUAUAUUAUUGAAUGUAUAUAAAUGUAUAGACAGAGCCGUAAGUGGCGCGAGGGCCUCGCUCCCCGCCCGCGUUCCCCGGGAGGGGGUGGGCACCGGGCCAGGGCCCGCUCGUGCCACGACUGCAAUAUUCCCACUGAGGGACCACCCCAAGUGCCCUUUACGUCCAGACACCGCAGCCCCAGCCUGAGCAAGCGGCUGCUGGAGGGCAGCUGCUCCCUCUGGAGUGGUUUUAUCCAGCGCUCAGCCCUGGGGCUCGCGCGGUGCCAAAGCCAUACUGCAAAGCCAAGCACAAGGUAAGAGGAGCCUCAGCUCCAAGGUGAGGAUCACCUCGAUUGUCUGCACUGCUUUAAUGCCAGACACUAAAGUCACGGCCAGGAAAGGCUCCCAGGCCCUCGGAGGCACAAGCCACGCAAUGGGGUGGGCUGGCAGAGCCGGGACUGACCCUCUGCGCCAAAGCACCAAAGAACCAAGAAGUGUGACAAACCCAGAGCAGGCCCAUGUCCUUAAUCCAGAAAAUAUUCGGGUUUGCUCUUAGGAAGGCAGAGAAACCUCCCUGGGGAGCGGAGACCAUUCCUGGGAAUGCAGGAUAACAAUGCCAAGGAAUUAGGGACCUUCCUCACACAGUUCCCACGAUGCAGUCAAAGGGUUGGAACCUGGAUAAGCACUUACUGUUCCCAUUGAAAAACAAGUCCCCCCCCUUCUUCCCAGCAGGCAGGUAAAACAGCCAGGCUGUGGGGAGGGCUGCAGCAAUGCAGGACGGGAGUCUGGUGCCUCCUCUGCCCUUUCCAGCCUCCCCUGCCUCAGCUUCCCCUGCGUGCAAAUCAGUUUAAUUAUGUAGCUACCUCCGAGGGGUUGAGGGGCCGGCGGGGGCCACGAGCCAGGGGAGGAAAAAGCACUUAGUGGGACUUGGUCCCACCUCAGAACCCCUCACCCCGCAGGGCUGGGGCACCCCUGGGCUUAACCUGCCGCUCCCCCGCCUGCCUCGGCUUCUCUGCCCAGCUUAGAUGCUUAAAUGUUUCAUUGUCCCUGGUAUUUAACACAAUUUAAACCCUUGCUGUGGCUCCUGCAGCCCCCCCAAGCCUGGCUGAUGCCCCAUGGUUCUAUUGCUUUGCUGCACUGUGACAGUAUUAGAGAAAAAGCUUUGUAUUCUUAAUUACACUUUGUUUUGUCUGUUUACAAGCGAACGACAUAUCAACAGAGCUUCCUGCAAUAUCCGGGGGGGGGGGGGGGGGGAAAUAUGCCAAAGAAAUGUCUUUAAAGGGGUCUUUUUUGCAUUUUUAUAUGAAUAGAAUGUUUCUAGCAGAUAUGUUUUGUUUAAUAUAUUAAAGACUUGCCAAUCUGC